CAUGAACUGUCAGGGGUUUCGGACUGUGGGUUUCACGGUGGUGUUGUUUCUCGGUGGCGCAUGCGCUGUGACGUCUGUUAUCACGGAAACACCUGCUUUGUCACUGUUCAUUCUGCCCUAAAGGAAUGAGGUGAAAUAAGUAGAUGGAAAAUCAAACAGGCUCCAACCAAACAUGCUGAGUUACGCGCUCUUCGCGUCUUUGUCGGUUUUAGUGGCAGUACUGUUUUUUCCUCCUGACUGGCCCGUUAAUUUGGGAAAGCAAUCACAGAAGGUGCCCCCAGCGCGACUCCUGAGUAGGAGUGACCUGUCUCUGUACGACGGAGAAAAGGGCAGCAGGGGCCUUUACUUGGCCAUUCUGGGCCAGGCUUUUGAUGUACUUAAAGGGCACAAGCAUUACGGACCCGGUGGUGCUUAUCACUGUAUGGCAGGGAAAGAUGCCUCCCUGGCCUUCAUCACUGGAGACUUCACAAAAAGGGGCCUGAUAGAUGAUGUUUCCAGUUUGUCUCCACUGCAGGUGCUGGCCCUUUAUGGGUGGUUGGCCUUUUAUCAGAGACAAUACCAACAUGUUGGGUUUGUAGUCGGACGAUUCUAUGAUGAGAACGGACAGCCCACAGAGGCUCUGCUGGAGGUUGAAGCAUUACUAACAGAGGGCCAAAAACUAAAGGCCCAGUCUGAAGUUGAGAAGGUUCACUUUCCUGCCUGCAACUCUGAGUGGAGCACUGGCCACGGCGGAAGAGUCUGGUGCUCCACUAAAAGCGGUGGAGUGAUAAGAGACUGGACGGGCGUACCACGAAAGCUUUUCUCGCCAGUUUCCGGUCAUGUACAGUGUGUCUGUAUCAAAGAUCCACCUACAGCAGAUGAUCCCAGCCUGCAGAAAUAUGAAGGCUGUCCUUCCGAUGCCGACUCAUGCAUGGUGGCACAGGACUAAGUCUCUAAAACCAGUCCAGAAAAAUUAGCCAAUUGAUUUUUGCUGAAAACCCUUGAGAAAAGUAAAUCACAUCAACCUUUUUAUAAUCACACGUCAGAAUAAAGAUAUAUUUCACUGCA